GGGCUUAAGCACAGCGCGGGCUGAGCCACGUCAGCACCUGGCGGCCGGGCCGUGCGGCGGGAUGGGGAUGGCGGCCUUGGGAGCCGAGCUGGGCGUGCGGGGCCUGCUCUUUGUGGCCUUCCUGGUGACCGAGCUGCUCCCUCCCUUCCAGAGACGGAUCCAGCCCGAGGAACUGUGGCUCUACCGGAACCCGUACGUGGAGGCCGAAUACUUCCCCACCGUCCCCAUGUUUGUCAUUGCAUUUCUCACUCCACUGUCCCUGAUCUUCCUAGCCAAGUUUCUGAAGAAAGCAGACACCAACGACAGCAAGCAAGCCUGCCUCGCUGCGAGCCUUGCCCUAGCUCUGAAUGGUGUCUUCACCAACACAGUAAAACUGAUAGUGGGCAGGCCACGCCCAGAUUUCUUCUACCGGUGCUUCCCUGAUGGGCUGGCUCAUUCUGACCUGACCUGCACAGGGGAUGAGUAUGUGGUGAAUGAGGGCCGGAAGAGCUUUCCCAGCGGACACUCCUCCUUUGCAUUUGCUGGUCUGGCCUUUGCUUCCUUCUACCUGGCAGGGAAGUUACACUGCUUUACACCACAAGGCCGGGGGGAGUCCUGGAGGCUCUGUGCCUUCCUAUCGCCUCUACUCCUCGCAGCUGUGAUUGCACUGUCCCGCACAUGUGAUUACAAGCACCACUGGCAAGAUGUACUAGUUGGAUCCAUGAUUGGAAUCGCAUUUGCCUACAUCUGCUACAGGCAGUACUACCCUCCUCUGACUGAUGCAGAAUGCCACAAACCAUUUCAAGACAAACACAAACUCCCCUCUUCACAGAGGAAGCCCAGCGAGUCUCACCACUUGGAUAUUUAGGUGAACCUGCAUCAGUGGAGAACAAACAAAUCAGCCCUCCUAAGUGGACACCGUGCACAAGCCAAAAACCUCUUCCAAAGGUAAAAGUGAGGGCACCAUCACACUGUGUUCCUGCCUCCUUCUGUCACCACAGGACCGUGCACUUUGCCCCACUUACAAGGUUAGACCCUCUGGAAUUCCUGCCUGGAGCCUGUUCUGGCAAGGGGGCUCUUCCGGGAGUACUCUCACUAGGUUAAUGGAUCUGGGUCAUAAGAUUGGUGUUCCAAGAUCUAGGGUCUUUACACUUCUGAAAAUGUCACUCCUCGAGAUACCUUUUCACCGAGGAGACUUUCAUGAUACCACUUUAUCCUGAAGACUUUAUUACCAAACUUAAUCUCUGUCCCUUACAAAUAAGGGCAGUACCAGUUAAACUUUGUUUACUUUUUGUGAUCACAUUCCAUUAAGCCUUAAUAAAACUACCAGUUUUGGCCAAUGUUUUCAUCAAAAAAGAAAAAUUACAGAUAUUAUCUAGAAGACAAAUGCUACCAUUUUCUGCCUUUUGUUCACAAAGAAAUAUAUGGAACAAUUAUAGGUUAUCAUGAGAACUUGAUACUGAGGUCCACCUAAUAGCUACCUUUUUUUGUUAUACUCUAAAUAAAAGUUUG